CUGGUAGCCGGUGGCCUUGUGGGGCUGACAGUAGCGUGGCAGCCGUCGGCCGGACAGGAUGCAGGUGAACAUUGGGCAGUUCUUUGCCGAGCACGACAUAGUGCCGGUGCUGAUCGACCGGGCGCCUCUGGUGUUCGCGAAGGUGGUGUACCGCGCCAAGAAGCUGGUCGACGCCGGCAAGGAGCUCACCCCGGUCGAGGUGCGCGAGGAGCCGAAGGUGGAGUGGUGCGCCGAUCCGACCGCGCUCUACGCGCUCGUCAUGCUGGAUCCGGACUCGCCGAGUCGGAUGGAGCCGGACAACCGCGAGUUCGCCCACUGGCUCGUCGGCAACAUCCCGGGACGGCACGUCGAGCAGGGCGAAACCCUGUUCCAGUACAUACCGGUGUUGCCGCGGGCCGGCAGCGGCUGCCAUCGGUACAUCUUUCUUAUCUUCCGGCAGCAGUGCUGGAACGAUUACGCCGAUGCGCCACGUGCCUCGAAUAAGAACCGGACGCCACGGAUACGGUUCAGCACGCGCGAUUUUGCCCGCCGGUACAGUCUGGGACUGCCGGUGGCCGGCAACUUCUUCAUCGCCCAGUACGAUGACUACGUGCCGAUGAUGCUGUCCCGGUUUCCGGAUUCGAGCGACUACUGACCGAGUCGGCGGGGCCCGCGGGUCCCGCCGAAGAUCACCGCAUUCAAUUACCGACAUCAAACACGGUGCACAACCGGCGCGUGCGAUUGUUUACUGAUCCGGUGGUCCGAUUGCAUCGCCGGUUGCGAAUCUCCGCGUCUAUAAUUGCUGUGUGAUAGGCCAUGUGGGAGGGCGCCCCCGGGUUGCAACAUCAAUCGGACUCGGGACGGGCUGGAUGGGAUCGUAAAACUCAUUACAACAACUUCAUUCGGUUCCAGGUUCCGGGAAAUCGGGACCGGGACAUCGUAUUUGGCUGCGUGGCCGGCAAUGACGUCCAGGGCUGCCGCCGCCGGGUACGCUGAAAUAUUAAACCCGUUAAGCCUAUAAUCCGGCAGCUACAAUAAAUAUUGACCGGCGGGGUCGGUGGUGGGGCGUGUUGUCUCCCGCCCGGCCCAGGCUCGGAACUUGGAAG